GGGUUUCCCAAGACAAGUUAAAUACAAGGGUGAUAGCGAGCUAAGUAUAGGAACGUGACCGCGAGAUGGCGGCGUCGGCGCAACCUGAGGCAGUAAUCGUGGUGGCCGACAGCCCAAUCCCGCCGAAACGACCGAGUCGCGCCCCAAAACCGAGCGCGAAAGCCCGCGAAACGAUGCAAUCUCUUGAGGAUGCGGCCACCACGUCGAAAAGAACCACAAAUACCGUUACGCGGAAAGCAAUUAAUGAACAGCAAAACGAGACGCGCGAGAUAUCUACCGAGCAACGAAAUAUGAUCUGCGAGCAACGAAACAUGAUCUGCGAGCAACGAAACAUGAUCUGCGAACUACGCGACGUGGUCAGCAAGCAGCAAUACACGAUCCAACAGCUCUCUGAGGAGCUGAGACAAGCCCGCGAAGUGAUUGACGCCCUUGCACGCAACGCAGCUUUUCCUCAUACAACUCAGACGAGUCCAAGGGCAUCAUAUGCAGAGGUUGCCCGCACGCCGCCAGCAAGCCAACCGAGUGGACUGCGAACUAUCUCCUUGUCGAACACAGCACCAACGACCUUGACGGAUACCCUGUUCUGCACGGUUGAUACAUCUAGAGUGGAGGAAAGAGAGAAAGGGAAAGUCCAAGUGGCAGACAUAAGGAAGACAAUCGAGGCAGAGAUCCAGACACACCAGAACCAGGGAAAUUGGCGCUGCGCUGCAGUGGUGAAAGAAGCUAGGAACCCAGACCGGAUCAGAGUGAUCUGCAGGGACGAAAGCGAAGUUGCCCUUGUCAUACCGCCCACCAAGACAGCGAUGUUACAGAACAUGGCCCAUGCCGACGAGCCAAAGUGGUAGCCCUGCAAAACACGGCGACCGACGUCGCGAGCCGACUCUGCAUCUCGGCAACCGGUGUCAGCAAUCGAGAGU